CAGUUCUUAUAAGGACACGGUUGACUGGUAGCAGCAGCUGACAGUACCAGCAGCAGCAAACCAGGGAGGAGGUUAGCGCCUUCAUUCAUUACUGUUAAAAUGAUCACUUUCACUGAAACCUUAAAAAACCCUCCACAACCCACUGGAUAUAAAUUAGGAUGUUCAAAGAUAUUUGCAGUCGCUCUGCCUAUUGCUCAGAUUGCACUUGGAGUAGUGUAUCUUCACGAAUGUCCGAAGCAGGACUACAUCCCCAUCUAUUUGAUAGUGUUGGGGGUUUUUGGCCUGAUGCUAUCCUUGCUCGCCUGCCUGCCUUGUGCUCAGGAGCCUGAAGACGGCACCACAAACCCACUCAGUCAAGUCUGCAAGGCCUGGAACUCACUGACGUCUUUAUUCCUCUCUUGCUGGUUCAUCGCUGGUAAUGUGUGGAUCUAUUCUAUUUACCAGCCCAACUAUAACAAGACCACCACAGACGUCGAUCCUUACUGUAACAAGACUCUCUACUUGUUUGCUUUCUGGACCACCACGUUGGGCUACAUCCUCUUAGGUCUCAUUCUGGUUAUCGGCUGCUGUGCCAUGUGUUGCUUCUUCCUGUGCUGUGGUUUGUCCGAUCCUGCCGAUGCCUAGCGACUUCAAGGAGACGGGAGGCGCCAAGUUGUACUUUAUUACAUCCAUUAUGGUGUUCAUGUUUUUGUCUGUAUAUGAAGUCCAAGUAAAGUAGUGAUUUGGAUUAGGGGUGUCAAAUUAUCGCGUUAAUUGCGAUUCAUUAGUUACAGUCAUAUUUAGCAUGUUAUGUUUUUUAAUCGCGUUAAUCUAAUUUGUAAUCUCCAACUUUACUGUUCCUGUAUUACAUUUCAAAAAUGCCCCGACGGCACCGUUGACAAAGGUAAAGUGAUAAUACUUCUGUGUAAGAAGGAGUUAGCUUACCACUGAAGCAGCUCAAGUUUAGCCUACCACGUCAAUGCAAAGCACCCAGUGAAGCCACAGCUAACGUUAGCAGCAAAGACGUUAGCAAGUUAGCGAGCCACAGCAAAGCUAACACCCCGCGUAUGAGCAAGUCUGCGACCGACAGGCUAUUUUAUAUGGACCUGAUGUUUUAUUUAAUUUGAAUUUUGAGAGUUUGAGAAAUAAACACA